UUCAAUAUUAAACUGUGUGUGACAAAUUUGUUGUUUUCUUUCAUAGUUUCAUUGAAAGAGUUCUAAUCAUGGCGGCUUAUGGAGCUCUAGUUUCUCUUAUGCAUAUCAUAGACACCCUUCACAAACAUCCUUCUCCUCCCAUUUCUAUCGACACUGAACAAGUUGAAUCUCUCACUCAAAUUGUUACCUUCUUGCAAGAGUUUCUUGAUGCUUAUAUUUCCCCUGUUGUUGUCGAUGGCCGUGAAGCUGAUCCAUUGGAGCAUCGCAUUGCUAAUGCAGUUUAUGCAGCUGAGGAUGUUAUCGAAUCUCAUAUUGUGCUAAAUAUUCAUAAACCAUUUACAAUACAUGGGAAGAUGAUUAGUUUCUUCAACUCGUUUCGAGGUGUACGUAAAUGCAAAGAUGCAACUGCAGCUAUGGAACCUUCAAAACGCAGGAAGAGAGUCGGUUUUCUUAACUUGUUUCGAGGUGUAUGUAGAAGCACAAGCGCAACUGCCAAAGAAGACUUCUAUCGCAGUAUGCAAAAAGUGAUAAAAGAAAUGAAUCUGAUCAAGAAAGAAGCCAUGGAGAUUGAAGCCGUUGCUCAGCUGCGCAGACAAGCCUCUUCGAUUCCUGUUGGCUCCUUGACGUCUUCUUCCAUUGUGAAGAAAAACAUGAUGGUGGGAUUUGAUGAGGUGUUUCUCGAGGUCUUGGAUAAGCUCACCGGAUAUCAACUCAGCCGUGAAAUCAUCCCCAUCAUGGGGAUGGGCGGUAUUGGUAAGACCACUCUUGCCCGAAAUCUAUUUGAGAAUGCACUUGUUAAGGAGCAUUUUGAUAUUCGUGCUUGGACUACAAUUUCUCAAACUUAUAAUGUUACAGAAACACUUAGACAAGUUCUUUUCCAAGCAAGUGGUGAUUCAAGUAGUGAUUUGAGUGAAGAAAUAUUGGGAGAAAAAUUAUACAAGUUUUUAUAUGGUAGGAGGUAUGUUGUGAUAAUGGAUGAUAUGUGGAGUGUUGAUGCGUGGGAGAAGAUCAAAAUUUACUUUCCUGAUAAUGGAAAUGGAAGUCGAAUAAUGGUAACGACUAGGCUGUCAAACCUGAGUUCUCAGUUGAAUGAGUCUUAUAGAGUUGGUAUGAAUUUUUUAGAUGAAGCUAAUAGUUGGGAUUUGUUUUGUAAAACUGUAUUUGGGAAAGAAGGUUGUCCUUUCGAGUUUGAGAAAAUUGGGAAGAAUAUUGUAGAAAAUUGUAAAGGGCUUCCUUUAUCAAUUAUUACGAUAGGAGGCCUUUUGGUGAAAUCUCAACGCACAAGAGAAUAUUGGAAGCUUAUAGAGCAAAAAUUAAAUUCAAUUGUUAUCAGCACUAAUGAUGAAUUUUGCUUGAAAAUAUUGAGGAUGAGUUAUAUCUAUUUGCCUAAUUAUUUGAAGCCAUGUUUUCUAUAUAUGGGUGUCUUUGGGGAAGACCGUCGUAUCCGUGUUUCAAUGCUCGAGAAGCUUUGGGUUUCUGAGGGAUUUUUAAAGCCAAGUAGUGGGAAAAGUUUGGAAAUAAUUGCACAAGAAAACCUGAAAGAGUUGGUUGAUAGAAAUCUGGUUUUAGUUGAUAAGUUGGGGUCUAUUGGAAAUAUCAAGUAUUGUAAAAUGCAUGAUUUAUUGAGAGAUUUAUGUUUGAAAGAAGUUGAAAAGGAAAGGUUUUAUCAUGUCCUGAAACAAAGUCCUCUGAUAUCUUCAGUUUCUUUCCUUGCAACUAAAGGGUUGCUUAUAAGUGAUGUAUUGGAAUCUUUGUCACGUGCUCGUCGGGUUGUUCUUAAUAAUGGAUAUCUGUUUCACAAUGAAUUAUGGGGAACUUUUUCACAUGCCCGCUCCAUAAUAUGUGAUUAUUAUCAUAGUUCGGGAUGGUGGGUUGGAGAAGUUCGACUGCCUCGAAAUCUUAGAUUGUUGAGGACAUUCAAAGCAUACAAUGAAGAUGACGAUGAGAAUGAUGCUUAUCUCCUAGAUAAUGUGUUUGAAUUGGUGAAUUCGCGUUACUUUGAUGUUAAUAUUAGUAAGAGGUCUGAAUUCCCCUCUUCAGUUGAUCUACUUUGGAAUCUACACACACUGAUUAUUCAUGGUUGGGGUGAUUUUAUGGUACCGAUUGAAAUUUGGAAAUUGCAUCAACUUCAACAUCUCGUGUUUGGUGAAAGCAGAGUGAUUCUCCCAGAUCCUCCAAUUGGGGACGACAAUGACAUUGUUAUUAUGGAGAAUCUGCAGACACUCAAGGGAGUAAAGAAUUUGAUUUUGAAUGAGGACAUGGUUAAAAGGAUUCCCAAUGUGAAGAAAUUGUAUCUAUCGUACGACCAUGUGAAACAAAUGGAUGGAGAAAACUGUCUAAGCUAUCUUCAGUGUUUGAGUAAACUGGAAAACUUCCGCUGCUCCACCGCUGAUGGAUGCCAAAAGUAUUUGCAGAGUAUUAAGAUUCCGCACUCCCUCAAGAAGUUAUCUAUUUUUUCCUCUAAUGAUCUGGAAGUGGAAUACAUAAUGUCCCAAAUCGGUUCAUUGCCCCUUCUUGAGAAGUUUGUAUUAGAGCGUUGUCGCUUCAGAACACGCAAGUGGGAAACAAUUGAAGGCCAGUUCCAGAGCCUCAAGUAUCUACGAUUGGAUUACUGCGGUGGUCUAGAAGAUUGGAUUGUGUCGGAUAAUUCUCAUUUUCCGAACCUCCAGAAGCUUCAUCUUCAUUACUUGCAUCAACUGAAUGGGAUCCCAUCAGAAAUUGGAGAAAUACCAACACUCAGAUCAAUUGAAUUGGAUCGGUGCAGUGAAUCAGUGGUGGAGUCAGCUAAAAAGAUAGUAGAGGAACAAGAGGAUUUAUAUGGAGACCAACUAGACCUUCAUGUCCUAGUUAAAGGUUACAAGAUAGAAGCACUGAAGAGCUUGGCAAAUGCCAACUUUGAAGUAGUGGAAAGGUUUUAGAGAACCAGAUGAUUUAUCGAAAAGUAAUGCAUCGUAGUCCGCCUACAACAAACUGAGCUAAAGGGAAGGAUUGAAGAGAUAUGUAUACAAAGCUGUUACAACUACUUUGCAACAGUCAAGAAAGUUGUUUAGAUCGGUGGAUUAUUCGAUUUAGUUGAAGCAGUUACCGUGUGCAGGGUUGUAUGUAUAUUCUUUCUUUAGCUAGAUUAGAGAGCUAAAAGAGAGAAAGACAGGAUGCAGUUAUGAGCUCAUUUUGUUUCUGCUUAUAGUAUUCGAUUGUUCGUAAUUUGUGAUCGACCAUUUGAGAGUGAAUAAGAAACACAUCAUCCUUUAUCCGUGGAUGUAGAUCAUACGAUCGAACCAAGUAA